AUGGCCCAUUUGGUGGUAGCAAGGGAGGAGAGCGGAGGCGGCGAGGUUGGGACGAAGAUGUGGUCGGCGCCGCCGACCGCGCGCUACCCGCCGCCCAAGCGGAGGGCGGUGUCCGCGAGGCGCCGCUUCCCACCCGGCUGCGGGAGGGACGCGGCCGCUCUGCUCGCCGGCGCCAACGACGGCUCGCCGUUCGGAGAUGCACGCGCUGACGGUGGUUCUGCUCCACCGCAGAAGACGGAUGCCGCUUCUGCUCCUCUCGCGGGCAGCAAGGACGGUGUGCUGUUGGAAGCGUUUUCUCCCACCGCUGCUCCCGGUGCGCUGGGUAAGGUGAUUGCUGCGGAUGGUGCUGGUACAAUGGCGGACGGCGGUUGUCAUGGUCUAGAGGCUGGGGUGGCGAAAUCAUCAGAGGCUUCGGGCCGGAAUGGUUCACAAGGUAUCGCACGGAGUGGUUCACAACAGUUGGUACCAGCCAUGCGUUUGCUACCAAAGCCGACAAUGGUUUCUGCCAAGCGUCCCUUGCGGCCUGGGUGCGGGAGGGUUUCUGCCAAGGUGAUGAACAAGUCUGGUAGGAGUUCAUGCAAUGUUGUUGCUGAAUCUUUGGCUGAAGAUCCUUCGAAAAAAUAUCUGAGGGGCAAGAAAGUGUCUGAGAGUCCUAGGAUGGACAGGGCAUCUUAUGAUGUUCCAGCGGGAGUGUCUGGCUCUGGAAAAGGUAGUAUGAUGAGAAGUAAGGUCAUGUUAACACCUCGAGAAGUAGUAGAACCUACCAAAGUGACACAGGGAAAGGAGGUUGCCACAGUUAGGGGCUCCUUUGGCCCCAGGAAGAAGGAGAAGGUAAAAGAUUCAGCUCAUCUUCUGAUAAAGGUUGCCUCUGCACGCACAUUGGGUAACAAGGAGAUACUGAAUGAUAAGAUGGUUUUCUACUUGGAAGAUGAUGACAUUUUGGAGGCACUAGCUGUUCAAGAAGGAAAGCUUGAAUUGUACGUCAAUAGUUCCUCAGCUGUUCCUUCUAUGAGGUGCCAAAGGCAAUAUGGAAUCCAGAAUCCGGAUGCUAGGAGCAAAGUCAAGAUGAUGCGCAAGAGGUUUGAGUUUAUAUGGAGGAGUCUAGCAAAAGCUGUGGAGCAGCACUCAUUGAUGGUUAGGAGAAUUGACUUUGCAGCAGGUAAAGCGAUCAAGAAAUUGCCGGGCUUUACCAAACAUGGUCCUAUUGUGGGAAAAGUUCCUGGAGUUGAAAUUGGUGAUGAAUUUCUAUAUAGAGUUGAGCUGGCCAUUGUUGGCCUCCACCGUCCAUACCAGGGAGGCAUUGACACAACCAAAGAUAGAAAUGGCGUGCUUAUUGCCAUAAGCAUUGUUGCUUCUGGAGGUUAUCCUGAUGAAUUGUCUUGCUCAGGUGAAUUAAUAUACAUCGGUUCUGGGGGAAAGCCUGCUGGUAAGAAGGAUGAUGAGGAUCAAAAGCUUGAGCGUGGGAACCUUGCCUUGAAGAAUUGCAUCGAAACGAAGACUCCUGUCAGGGUGAUUCAUGGCUUUAAAUGUCAGAAUAGAGAGGAAGGCAUCCAUUUGAGAGCCAAAGAAAUCUCAACCUUCACGUAUGAUGGGCUGUAUCAUGUGGUGGGAUGGCAGAGAGCAGGCCAACGAGGAUCAAAGGUGUUUAAGUACGAGUUACAAAGGAUUCCUGGGCAACCAGAACUGCCCCAUUGCAGCAAAACUGCGAUCAUGCGUUGA